AUGACUUGAAAGCGAGACCACUCUACAGAAGCACGUGUGUUUUGUCCUCCGUGAAGCGAUAUACACGCCGAGAGGAUCAAAUAUUCCACCUUACUUAAAUAUUUGAAAACACUAUUUACGAAAAUGACUGACGGUGAAGUAAACCCCAAGGCCUAUCCACUUGCUGACCCCCAGCUUACUGUAAAGAUCCUUGAUAUAGUACAACAGGCAUGUUCAUACAAGCAGCUUAAGAAGGGGGCUAAUGAAGCCACCAAGACCUUGAAUAGAGGGAUUGCAGAGUUCAUUGUUAUGGCUGCUGAUGCUGAGCCACUGGAGAUCCUCAUGCACCUACCAUUGCUGUGUGAGGACAAGAAUGUUCCUUAUGUCUUCGUAAGGUCCAAGCAAGCACUUGGCAGAGCAUGUGGAGUAUCCCGCCCAGUGAUCGCCUGUGCUAUCACAGUCAAUGAAGGAUCUCAGUUGAAGCCACAGAUCACAGCUACUCAGCAGGCAAUUGAGAAACUUUUGAUUUAAUUUGUAUGAAUAUCAGCAGUUAAAACUUUGAAAGUUUAUAAGUACUGCAUUUAGUUUUAUAUGGAUUAGCUAUACCUGCGAUGUUUCCGAAUUCUCAGGAAAUUUUUUUUUCUUUUUUCACAAAGGAUGUUGAUUUCUAAGGGCCUCACUGAAAGAAAUGAAUCGUUACGAACAGUGUUAACCUUUGUUGGAUGUAAACAUCCAAGUUCAGUUGUAUGUAGAUUGGUAAUUAUGGUAACUUUGACAUGUUAUGAUAUUUAGAUAUAUAUAUAUAUAUAUAUCCAGACAUUUUAAUGGUCAAGAGGAGUGUAACCUCUGAAAACUUUUAUGAAGAAAAUAAACUUUGAAAAUUCUA